AUGACGGCAGCCCUAUCGAAUGCCACCCAGCACGAACCGACUGUCUCCGGUCCAUCCCUAGGGCUCGGCCGCUCCAAGUGUGCCGCCCACCAGGUGGUCUCUUUGUUAAGAGUUCAAAAUGUGAGGAGUUAUCGGCCGUGCGCAAUCUGCUCUGACGCCCCACAACGACUGCUCUCUCUCUCUCUGUCCGUGUGCAUCACGAAUGUGGGGGGGGGAGGCGGGGGGACUGGGUGGGGUUGUUGGCAGAGUGCGACGGCUGGACUGGACGACACAACACUCGCCAAUCUUCGAGUUGUUCAAUCGCCUCCUACCCCCCUCUCUUUUAAUAUGUUCGUGGUCGUUUGCGGCGUCGUCACCGAGGGUAACCCCGUGGCGCACACUUGGGCCAUGGCAUUUGUGGCUAAGAGGAAUCUCGCUAUCGCCUUCGACGUCGAUACCCCAAAGUGGCACAGGUUGCUCGGAGGAAGAGGAAAUCGACUGAAGUCAAGUGGUGCCGCUGAGAAGCUGUGGGUUUCCAAAUCUGGUUCAACACUGCUCCAAGUAGACUGA